AUGGCCUCCGUCCAUGCAAAGACGCAGUGGAGCGAGGGCGAGCUCGCCGUCCAGGGCCUCCUGCGCGUCCCGGCCCAGCCCAACCCCACAGCCCACGGCCUCCCCGUCCACUACGUCGGGCGCGUGCAGGCCGCACCCCUUGUGGCUGUCGGCGCCCUCGACACAGACGCCCGGCCGUGGACCAGCAUCUGGGCCGGCGAGCCGGGCUUUGUCCGCGCCAUCGUUCCGGAUGUGGUGGGCAUGCGGUCGCUCGUCGAUAAGGCCAAUGAUCCCGUCGCUGGCGUCUUGUUCGGCGACCUCGCGGACGGUGAAGUGUACAGCGACCCGAAUGCGGCAAGUGGUGGGCGGCCGAUGAGCGCGCUGGCUAUUGAUCUCGAAACCAGAGACCGGGUCAAGCUGGCGGGCAGGCUUGUCGCUGGCGUCAGGAGCCCAGGCGCCGGGGACGAGGUCGGCGAUGUGCAGCUGGCCAUGGCCGUGACCGAGAGCAUCGGAAACUGCCCCAAGUACCUGAACAAGAAGGGCAUUCGGCUGCACGUACCCGAGCCGGAGCUGGUGUCGGACGGGCUGCCGCUGCCGGCCCAUGCGCUGGAGAUCCUGGAGCGGGCCGACAUGUUCUUCAUGUCCACGUCGGACGGGAGAGGCGACAUGGACACGAACCACCGCGGGGGGCCGCCGGGCCUGCUGAGGGUGGCCAGCAACGACGAGGGCCACGCGGGCGUCGUCCUGGCGUAUCCCGAGUUCUCGGGCAACAGGCUUUACUCCAGCCUCGGGAACCUGCAUGUGAACGACAAGGUAGGCAUCACCAUUCCGGACUUUGGGACGGGGGAUGUAGUGUACCUCACGGGAACCGCGAGGCUGCUCGUCGGCGAGACGGCGGCCAGGCUGCUGCCGCGCACCAAGGUCGCUGUCAGGAUCGAGGUAACGGCCGCAAAGUUGGUCAAGGAUGGGCUGCCGUUUAGAGGCGAGGCGGGAGAGUUCAGUCCCUACAAUCCACCGGUGAGACGGCUCGCGACUGAGAUCGCAGCGGGACUGGGCGUGGCAGAAGGGAAAGGCAGCCAAGGGAUUGCCGUCGCAGUGCUCAAGCAAAGGGAGGUGCUGUCGCCCACCAUCACUAGGUACGGGUUUGCUCUGCAGCCUCCAACCGGGUUCCCGAAGGGUCAAGCAGUCGGGUCCUGGACGGUGGCGCAGCAUGCCACGCUUGACUUUUCGUCGGAGCUGGACGCAGGCUACAGCCACAUGCGGGACGACGAUCCGCAGAGCCUCAACGACGACUUUGUGCGCACAUUCACCGUGUCGAGCCAGCCGGCGCUGUCGUCAUCCAACAAGGGCGUGGCAAACCACGGCGAGAUGCAAAUCACCGUCAGGACCAACGGGCCCGUCACGCGGCUCCUGCGGAACUGGAACCUGAGGGCUCCCCUCGAGAUACCAGUGAUGGGCUUCGGGGGCGGGAGCCUGCGGAUCCCAUCCGCUGCCGAUGAUGCAGCACGCCCGGCUGUCUUCGUCGCCACGGGCGUCGGGAUAACGCCGCUUCUCUCCCAGGCGGGUGCGCUGCUGUCCGCUCCGCAAGAGGCGGCAAGACCCCGUCUUAGUGUCCUGUGGAGCUUGCGCAAGGAGGACCUGCCGUUCGCGGCGGACGAGUUCAAAAGGACGCCUGGGCUUGGGGCCGUAACCAGGCUAUAUGUUAGUGACCUGGAGGCAGCGGCUGAGGGUGGCUCCCAGGUAGAGACCGACCGUGAGAACGGGCCGUCGGUCAUCGUUGCCGGCAGGCUCACAAAGCAGAGUCUUCUUGAUGCUGUUGGGCACCAAGACGGAGGUCUGCAAGCUAAAUUCUAUAUAUGCGCUGGGCCUGCAGCUACAAAGACCAUUACUGAAUGGCUGGUUGAUCAAGAUAUAAUCACUGAAAGCUUUAACUAUUGA